GGGAAAUGUAGUUCCUUCAGCCGCUCACUCAAGUGUUUAGAGUUGAGCAGGAACUACAAAUCCCGGCAGGAAGUAGGGAAGCACGUGCGCUCAGCUGUGAGAGAAAAACGUGGAUGGAAAGAACCCACUGACUGCUGGGAAAGAUGUCAAGAAAGAUCCCGGAGUCCCGAACCUUUCACACUUCAAAGAACAGGCGAAAAGGGAGGCCGAGCAGAAGAGGAAAAGGGUUGAAGAAAUGAGGGCAAAGCAAAAAGAUUCAAGGCAAAAGGAGUUGGCGAAGAGAAGGAGCCUGGACACGUUUCAGAAGGAUGUGCUGAGGCGGCAGAGGGAAUUUGAACAGAAGGAGGCAGAUCUGCAGGACCUGGGGAAGCACGAGCAGCUGGAGAAUGAGAAUUCCAGGAAAGCCUAUUACCGUGAAUUUAAAAAGGUGGUGGAAGCUGCUGAUGUUAUCCUUGAGAUCCUGGAUGCCCGCGAUCCACUGGGAUGUCGCUGUCCUCAGGUGGAGCAGGCUGUGGUACAGAGCGGCACCAAUAAGAAACUGGUAUUAGUACUCAACAAAAUAGAUUUGGUGUCUAAACCUAUUGUGGAGAAAUGGCUCAAGUACCUGCGGAAUGAGUUUCCCACUGUGGCGUUCAAGGCUUCAACACAACAGCAGAAUAAGAACUUGCAACAAAGCCGAGUACCUGUGACUCAAGCCUCGGAGGACCUGCUCAGCUCUGGGGCCUGUAUAGGAGCCGACUGCCUAAUGAAACUUCUGGGAAACUACUGCAGAAAUCAGGACAUCAAGACGUCCAUAACAGUUGGGGUUGUAGGUUUUCCUAAUGUGGGGAAGAGCAGUUUAAUCAACAGCCUGAAGAGGGCGCGUGCGUGCAACGUUGGCGCAACACCCGGAGUCACCAAAUGUCUGCAGGAGGUUCACCUAGACAAACACAUCAAACUUCUGGACUGCCCGGGUAUUGUCAUGGCAACGUCCACAUCCGAUGCCGCCAUGAUCUUGCGUAACUGCGUAAAAAUUGAGCAGCUGGUUGACCCCGUAGGACCGGUGGAGGCCAUCCUGAGACGCUGCAAUAAAGAUCAGAUCAUGCAGCACUACAAGGUGACCAAUUUUAGAGAUACUUUGGAGUUCUUGGCCAUGCUGGCGAAAAGGCAGGGGAAGCUGAAGAAGGGAGGCAUGCCGGACCACGAGAAAGCCGCCAAGUCAGUUCUAACAGACUGGGUCAGCGGUAGGAUCACUUACUUCACUCACCCUCCUGAGACGCACACGUUACCGACUCACAUCAGUGCGGAAAUUGUCACGGAAAUGGGGAAGGCGUUUGAUUUCGAAGCCUUGGAGAUGGAUAAUAAUGAGUCUUUGUCGAGAGUCCAGUCUGCUCCUCAGGGUAUUGCGAUGGAGAGUUCAGAUUUGACAACUGGAGCAGGUCAGGAGGAAGAAGACACAGAAUGGACGAAUUCUAGUGAAUAUAUAGAGGCCCCACCCGGUGCUGUAGAAAUGGACAUGGAUGACGGUGAUGAGCUUGGACCUAUGACUGUAGAAAUUAAAACAGCCAAGAGCAAGACACCGGAAGAAAAAGAGAAAGUUCCCAAAGCUCCCAGUUUGAAGGAAAUCCUAUUGGUGGAUCCACUGCAACAAGGCCAGGCGCUACAGGCAGCCAGCAAAAGAAGGAAAAAGCUGCAGAAAAGAGCAAAUAAAAUCGCCACAAAGUUGUCAGACACGUUAACACAAGCAAUGAAUUUCAGUUUUGGUGAAGACUGAAAACCUCGAUUUGGAAGGGAGAAAAAAAUAAAUAAAAAGGAAUUGAUCUGCCUCAAUGACACCUGGCAGAUUUAUGCUGUGAGAAGGGCACCUAAAGACUGUACUGUGGCACCUAAAGACUAUACUGUGGCACAUAAAGGCUAUACUGUGGCACCUAAAGGCUAUACUGUGGCACCUACGGACUACACUAAUGUCUCUCUCAACCAGAGUUCCUCCAGCUGUAGCAAAACUACAACUCCCAACAUGCCCGCAUGCUGGGAGUUGUAGUUUUGCAAAAGCUGGUAGCACUCUGGUUAGGAAACACUGGUCUACACUCGUAUUGCGAGAACCAUCAGCUAUUUUUGUGAUGACAAUAAAACCUGCUUCUUCU